AAAAAAAAGUCAACGCCCUUAAGUAGACCAUAAAAUUAUUAUAAAUUUUUGUGAAACAAUUUAUCCCCCAAAAAUUUGGUAUGUUGGCGCAUACAAAUAACGAUAUUUUACUUGAAAAAAUGGUUGCGUUGUAAAGUUUCCUCGCAAAGCAUAGAAAGAAGAGGAGCCCGUAAGUUUGUAACAAUUGUAGUAAAGUUUCAAGCUGAAUGAAUUCAAUGAUUUUAUAAUGGAUCCACGCAAACAAAAACGUCUUGGCCCGGCGCCAAUAGCUUCGUUCGAGAAAUCCUUUGAGGAUUCCUUAACACCCGUCGCUGCUGCGACUACUGGCUCCAUUGCCGUUACUGCUGCUGCUACCAGCCCUUCUCGCUAUAUAACCAAUACAGUUGAUCUAAAUACUUCAACCACUAUACAUUUUGGCCUGCAACAAUUUCCAACAGCAACUGCUGCGGCAACAGCGGCAACCAUAACAACGGAUGCCAAGGAUAUUAAUCGUAAUGGCGAAUUUCAAGAAAAUCAAGAAAUGGAAACAAAUGAUAAAAACCAAGCGAACUAUCAACAGCACCGAAUGAAUAGAUCAGCAGCAAUAACGGAAACAAAGCGAACAGAAGCACAAAUGAUGAAAGGAAAUGGUCCUAAGCAAAUAACGCAAGAACAGACGUCAGCAUCACCGACAGUAACAAUGACAACAAUAACAACGACACCGAAAGCAAACAUUGAUUAUAAUGGCGAUGAUGAAGGAGUUAAGGCCAAAGUUAAACAGGAAUUAAACACGAACGGCACUCUUGGUAGCAAACGAUCAGGUGGCGGUGGAGCAGUGACUGCUGUGGAAAUGUUAAACACUUAUAAAGGUGCGACCACUUUAUGCACACCUUCAACGCCGCGCAUAGAAUUGAGUCGCGCCUCAUCGUCAUCGCAUCAUGAAGAGGAUAGCCGCGAGAGCAGUCCAGAAAAUGUGUUUGAACAGGUGGGCACUGGCACCCUACAGGAAUCAAUUGAUUUAGGCUUUCGUGAAGAAGGCGCUCUAGAAUUGCGCAGCUCUACAGAAGAAUUAUAUUUCAUGGAUCCCCAGCAAAAGAGAGAGGAGGAAGCUAAGUUGCUACAACAACAACAACAACAACAACAACAACAGCAGCAGCAACAAAUGCAACAACAGCCUAAACGAUCUUCGCCUCAUAUAUUUAAAUUUGAUGAUCAUCAAGCGUAUUUACAACAACAUCAACGUAAGGAUUCGGCGAGUUCCGAAGUUGCUGCCUUGUUAUGUAUAUCGGGACGCACUAGUCGUGUCUCUAGCGUCGGUAGUCAAGGUUCAGCAGUAAGCCAUUUGUCGGCGGUGUCCGGUUUAUCACGUUCUCCUUCGCCGCAUCGUAUGCUUUUGGAAACAUCAUUUUGUGGACCAAAACCGGUGGAGAGUAUGGUAGAUGGUGGGUUGAGUACAACGGCGGAGCCACCAACAACUUAUCUGCUUGAGCAAGUUCUUUUGGCACGUACUCGUGAUCCCACGCAGGCAGUAUUAGCUGAGGGAAUUAAAGUUGAAUCUUCGCCGAAACGUAAGCCACCAACUUCUUUGACUAAUGGUGACGAUAAGCUGACAGAAAAAAUUUUGGCUCAAAAUCGACCCGAUUCGAAAAUCUUUAAUGCGAAAUCUUCUGUGGGAACACAGCGACGUAACAUCAAAAGUCCAGGACAAAUGAUUGUCGGGAAAACACCAAGUGGCACUGAGUAUAUACGUAUCAACCUUAAGCCUGAUCACAUGUACGAUGACAAAGGUGUAGCUCCCCAUGAAAAGAUAGUGGAAGCACCCAACACUCUAGCUCCCGUAUAUUCACGUGGCAGUACGACUCAAAAAAAACCGGCUUCCUUAUGCUUGACUCAAAAGAACUUAGAAACGGAGAAUCGUUUGACGCCCACAGCCAGUCCAAAAACUUUACGAGGGCAGAUAAUGGGACCUAAAGAUUUACAUGGUAGCCGUUCUCCUUCUCCCGCUGCCAUAUCAGUAUCGCGUAAGUCAUCUUUCAGCUCAUUAUUUCGUUUGGGUGGCAAAGAUUCUCCCGAUUCGCCUAGAGAGCGAUCACGUUCCCGUAGUAAAAGUAAAGAUCGGCAAACUCCUCAAUCACAGGCAGCUACACCUAAUAAACAAAAAUCAGUAUUAGCAAUAUUUAAGACAGGAAAACGAGGUAGUAGCGCCGGUACUGAACCAGCCAGAACUUCGAAAUCCUCUUCGCCGAUUGACGGACAUGAGUUACAGAAUAUGCAAUCACGCAGUAAGUCGCAAACGCCAGUAAUUACUUCCACCGGUUCAAGACCUAAUAGUCGGUUACGUUACUACGAUGAUCCGGUUGAAGGAUUCAUACACAUUCCUUUACGAACACCACCUGAAGAGAAAGAAGUUCGUAAAGUAUUUCAGAAUAUACAGCAACUCAAUGCUGAACCAGUAAAGGUAAUUGCAGCUCCAAUAACCGUAAGUGAUUUGGCUGCCGCUGCGGCGGCUCUUAAGCCAGUUGGAGCUCGUAAAGGAUCAUCAGGUUCUGGAAAAUUUACAAUACCACCACGUCCUCAACAAAUACGUCGCAUAGAAAAUCUUGACGCUAUACAUACAUUGUCGCAAGACGAUGACGGUAAAGACCCUACCUGGAGUAUGGAAGUGAAUCGUCAUAGCUCGCAGGAUUCGCAAGAAACAAUAAUAUCAGCAGAGAGCUAUGCCAGCGCUAUAAGGGUAACUGGAAAUCGUUCGCAACUAGCCCAUGUAAAAGAGCAUACGGGUCAAGAAAACGGCAUUGCAGCGGAAGCGGAAAUACAUCGUUUACCUUCGGUUGAAAGUACGACUAGUGCGGCCGAGGUAAAAGUGGUGGAAACCAAAGCUACAAUUAAUAGUAGUGCUAUGCGUGAGGAAUCGGCAGCAGCUCGAGAACGACGUAAAUUAUUAUUUGCGACGCGUUUAGGGUCCGGCAGUCAAGAACAAGUUUUUACUACCCAAUUUAGUAUAUCAAAAACGGAAAGUAUUUCCAGCCAUAUGUCAGAAGAGCAAGCUCAAGAAAGUUUGACGGAAAGUCCAACAAAAAUUGAAAAUUUACGUCGCCAAGGUACAGUAAUACGAAGACCGGAUGAAGAGGAAGGUGUAACGUCUAAAGUGUGUGAAUUAACUGAAAGUUAUAGCAUGAAAAAAGCUGAAACUAAAGAAUCUAUUAAAAGCAAAGACUCUGGAGACUUUAAAGAGCAGUUAAAAUCAGGGAGUUCUUUAGAGAGAAGUAUAACACAACGGCAAAAGUCACUGUCAACUUCAGAAGACGAGAAAUCAAAAACUCCAGUCGCCAAUAUGAAUGUCAAUACUGGCAAUGUAAUGGUGCUAAGACGUAAAAUUUCUGCGUCCGAUGACCCACGUCGUAAAUCUCGCUCAACCUCAGAAGAUGACAAUGAAGUGGCUAUGACUAAUAAUCGCCAUUCCCGUUAUUUAGAAAAUUUUGAUGUGCGUCGGAAAUAUCAUGAGAAUGUACCGCCGAAUGUACCACGCAAACCACGAAGGCAAAGCAGUCACCAGGAUAUACACCCACCUGAAGUCCAACAAGAGACCGUUAAAGCGAUUACGCAUGUCAUUUACAACAACGAGCAAUGUCAAAGAAAACCAGUGCUGCCUCAACCCCCGCCGCCUUCAACCGAACCCACACCGUUGCCUUCACCCAAUUUAAGAGAUAUCAUUCCUUCGACGUCGAGUCCCAAAAGUACAAUGCGUUCUCAGUCUCAGUCACCGGUAGAGCGAUCACGGCAAACUCCUCCUAAGCCACCACGCACCUCUACACCUUCAAAACAUAGCCAAAGUGAAUCGCCGACCAUGGCUGCGGUAGAAUCACCAUUAGUUAUUCCAAAAAAACUCCAAAAACACGACCGACAAUCGAUGCACUCUACAGACGAACCCUUGGAGUCGUCAGAAAGCGAAAGAGACUCUGAUUUAGGAACGAAUGCGGUCGGGGGAAGUGGAUCUGGUGCUGCUAGUCUCCCAAUGACAGUUGAUGUGAAACGCAAGCAUAUGUCGCUUAAUGUCGGUUAUAUCGAGGAUCAUGAAAGUACCGGCCUUGUGUCGCAAGAAUCUUUCGAGGAUGAGCUGCCCUAUAUCCCGACUACUUUACCUGAAGAGCGAGCUCAAGGAGUAUCGCUGAUACCCAUGAAGGAACGCGCCAAUAUGGAAUUGAAAAUGUGCCCCGUUGAACGACCUCGUUCCACCACCCCCUUAAAUCCUUCGCAUUUGGAAGAAUAUUGCGGCAUUGUUACUGCAAGUGAAAAUGUGAAUUUCGAAAUGUUUGGCUCGGUGCCGGUUAGAGGUGAAAAGCUGCGUAUUAGCUUGCCACGUAAAGACCCAAAUAAAGAGAAAGCUCAAAGCACUAAAUCACCCCGGCGAUUGGCGAAUGCUAGUGGCAAAUCCUGGUUUGAGUUCGCGGAAGAAGGUUUGCGAGCUUCGGGAAAUUUGGAACGUAAAGAUUCUCAUAAAUACUUGCAGCAACAACAACAGAAGCAACUUAAUCAAACAAAAGAGGAAAUAAGGAACACCAAAACUCAUUCCGGACCGUUUAGCAAAACAAUAAAUAUAGCCAGUAAGAGUACAACAACUGCAACAACUUCUACUCAAAGAAAACUUUCGGGUCAUUGGAUUGAUUUUGAAAAUAUACCGGAGAAAAGGAAACCACCUAAACGUAUCACUACAUUGCCCAGAGAUAGUGUGACCGGCUCAGCCACGCAAACAAGAAGUCAAACAAAAUCGGUAAGUGCGCAAGCCUUAGUAACAGCUGGCCAACAUCAGCAAUCGUCGCAGCGACUGCAAUCAGAGUAUGCAGCCGCAGUUACAAGUGCCAGCCACGCCGAUGGUAAACUGCACUAUAACUAUGUUAAACCAGAAGACUGUCAAUGUGAGUGUCAUGAAGGCACACGAGAAACCAGUGGUACUAGUGGUACAACUUCUACUACGGGGCCCCGAGCGGGAGUCGAUCUUUUGCAACAGGGCGACGAUAUGUUACCGUUACUUGAACCCGAAACUCAAGAGGGAAUUGAACCAAGUGAUUCGUCACGCGAAUGCAGUGGUUACACUGAUGAUGAAUUGCAAUUUCCCACGCGGCAGGCCAGCUCUAAUCGUUCCAAAAGCAGUUCAUCUAAGGCAGAAGAAUUUCCUCGUCGAGAUGGCUCACGCAGUUCUAGAAUUAAACAGCAAUUUAUGGAGAAGUAAUUUUAAGUUUACAUCUCUUAAGGGUAUUACUUUACUAUAAUCAUGUUCCAGGUUAAAUAGCAAACUAAAAUAGUUAAAAUUUCAAAAAAAAAAAAAAAAAAAACAAGAGAAAAUAUGUUAAAAAAGAUUUGGAGAAAACUGAUCUAUGAUUAAUUAGGCAAAGGUUACGGGAAGGUUUUGAAAAUUAAUUUUUAAAGCAACAUCUUUUCCUAACGUAUAUACAGUGCGACGCAUUGUCAUCCAGUAGAUGUUUGAAAGGGAAGAGGGAUGGUUGUCAGAAAAUAAAAUGAAGUGUGAGGGUUAAGCGCGAGAUUUUUAUCAGAAAAUUGAAGAAGUAGACAAAAUGAAAGCAUAUCGUAACAGUUGCUUACAAAGACUGAGUUACUUUAUGAUGCAAAUAUAUUCCGGAUUCAAUAAUGAGUACUGAGAUAUGGUGGAAAUCCAGUCUUAACGCCUAUCUACCUUCAUUUAUUAAAAUUUCUGUCGACGAGUCAUGAUGACAUUUUGUAGAGAGUCGCACAACUUUGUUCGUCUAUUGCUCGCAUUCAAAAGGCUUUGUUUUUUUUUUCGCGAAAAUUUGCACUACUCUUACAGACACAAGAAUUGGAAUCAAAAAUUACAAUUCGUAAUGUUGGCUAUAGCUAUAAAACUAUUUAUUCGCCUAAAAUUCAGCUUUCAAUGAAAUCUUCAAAAUAUCACUGCUGAAAAAAGGUUUGCUUAUUUUGCUUCAAAGAUUCCUGUUUUGGUCAUAAGAUCCGUUUCAAAAAAUCCUAACAUGAGAAUGUUCCAGAAAUUUUAUGCAUUUACUACAAAUAAUAGUCCAUCUAUACUUAUACAAGAAAUUAUUAUGAUUUUGUUGUUGUUGUAAUGCAGUCUCAUCUAACAGUUGGCACGAAAAACGUGUAUAUUAGAGAACUGUACCAGCUCCAGAAUAUGUUGUGUAUUGCAUUAGGUAUAUCCGAAAGUGAAGACUAUGCAAAAUGCGAACGCAGAAUUAUGAUUUUUUGGCAAAAAUCUUUUAUCUAACUCACUACAAUAAUUUUCAGAUUGUACAAAGCGAUCUAGACGUUCAAGCGGAGUAGAAGAUUUAUGCCAAAUAUAGAGAAACACAUUCUUGAGAAGAUUAUUGCAAGUUUUUUAGGUCGUCUCCCCAUCAGCAUAGCAGUCUCCCUCUCAUAGGCAAAUCGAUUUUUUGGUUAAAUAAAAAAGUCACUUAUAAGCGCAGAUCAAUGAAUAUGUACGUCCCAUCUACUUUGAAAGGCAUUUUAGAGGGGCGUGGAUUGGUCUGCUCGAGAACAAAAUUUUUGCUCGAUACUCGAUAAAUACUCCAUAUCAUUCACUUGUUUCAUCAACGCAGUAUAAGUGAGUUUUACAAACUUUGUUCGGUAUGCACUUUCGUCCUAAUGCAACUAAACCAAUUUCGUUGCAAAAGGCAAUAACUCGCCUUUUGCAAAUUGACUGUCCUGCCAUACACAUUUGACAGAACGUCAAUAAAUAAUGUAACUCUCCAACUCCAUAAAUAGGUAAAACCAUUGGAUUGUGUAUUUAUGAGAAAGAUCUGCUUACCUUGUAAUAUGUUUUGCGAAAAUUCAUUUGAUAGCUAUGUCAAAAAACAAAAAAAAGUCCACCUAAAAAAAUUAAAAAAAUUGUUAUAAGGAUUUUAGAAUAUUUUCUCCAACGCUUCACAGAUGUAUGUGAAACUAUUCGAGCGUAUUCUAGUUGAAUCGAUUGGCAUGAAUGAAUGCCAAAGGGAGAUACUGCAGCCAGUAGAGUAUUUAUAACUUGCUGGAAGGUGCCUAAAAGAGGCGAAGAAUUCGUUUUCAUUGUGUGCUUAUGCAUGCACCGAGCGAUCAUUAGCAUAUAUUAAAUCUUUUCAAUUGCUCGCGUCGUGGAAACGUAAUAAAAGAGAAUAAAAGUUCAUUUAUCCGUACGUUCCCGACAAAGUUGUCAAACAUUAACGAAUUGCAAUAGAAAAUUACCGAAUAUUCGUUAUGGUCUCGACACUUCUUGGAUAUCUUUGCAAUUACAAAGGCACAGCAUACAGGUACCUAAGAAACUACCAACUUGAAACGAAUACUUAACGCAAUCAGAAACUUCCUUACAUGACAAUCAUUUAUCCUGUACGUGUAUAUGUAUGUAUAUAUAUACAUAAAAAUGUAUAUUUAGAAAAACUCUAUAUAAGUAUACAGAAGGAAGCUAUGCUUUAAGUUUAAAUGGAACAGUUGUCUAAAUUGAAUAAAGCCGUGUGAAAAGUUAUGCACUUUAUUUUUCUAAGUCGUGUGAUAUCAAAACCUUAUAAAAACAGGAGAAAAGGCGGAUUUGCAAUUACUAGUGACACAACCUAGUCGGGGCAACGAAGAAUCUCUAUUAAACUCCAAAUCGCAAAGAUUUUAACAGAGUUUUCAAACUCCAUAUGUCUCAAACAACUGAUGCAAAGGUGUGAUUGGAAUGAAACGUUGCUCAAUACUGGGAAAAGCGAAUAAGCGGUCACCGUUCAAUUUUAAGAGGAGCAAUUUUCAUUUUCAAUUCUUUGCGUAUUUUUUAUGGUCAACAACAAAUUUCAAUUCCAGCUCCCGCGAGAUGAAAACUCUCCUAUAUAUACACAUUUAUUAUUAUGUAUAUAUAAGUAUGUAUGAUAACACAUUUCUCGACUAUUACGGCUUCACUCAAAUUGUUUCGCCAAAUAAACGCUAAGUCUUGCUACCUGUUACUCUUUUGCUUAAAAUCAUAAAACAUAAGGUAAUUGUUUAUUAUGGGUUCUAAAACCUGCAAAGCCAUAAGUUGGACAAGUCUGCUUUUGAAAAAUUAUAUUUUCUUCUUACCUCAAAAUACGAUAUGGUAUACACUUGUCCUUGAAAAAAAACGCCUAAA